CCGCCCCGCUCGCACUGUUUGGGAGCAACCGGCCGAGCCAGCGGCGCCCCGGCCCCGCCAGCGCAGCGCGGACCGGCCGAGCGCACCCAGCCCGGCGCGACCCCCGGCGCUCUCCCUCCCUCCUCGCCAUGUCCCUCAAGCAAGCGGCGGCGGCGGCGCAGCCCGCCGGCAACAACCGCAAGCCCCCCGGCGGCGGCGGCCCCGGCCUCCCGUCAGCCGCGGGGAGGCAGAACAUGGGCAGAGGCCGCAGCAGUGGCAAAGGACCACCUCAGCCUACGAUUUCUUUUGAUGGCAUCUAUGCAAACAUGAGAAUGGUUCACAUACUCACAUCAGUUGUUGGAUCCAAAUGUGAAGUACAGGUGAAAAAUGGUGGUAUAUAUGAAGGAGUUUUUAAAACCUACAGUCCUAAGUGUGAUUUAGUGGUUGAUGCUGCUCAUCGGAAAACUGCAGAAUCCAGUCUGGGGCCAAAACGGGAGGACAUCCUGGAGAGUAUCUUGUUCAAGUCUUCAGACUUUGUUAUGGUGCAUUUUAAGGAUAUGGAUACCAAUUAUGCCAGAAGAGAUGCUUUUACUGAUUCAGCCAUCAGUGCUAAAGUCAAUGGAGAGCACAAGGAGAAGGAUCUGGAACCUUGGGAUGGAGGAGAGAACACGGCUUCCGAGGAGCUGGAGGCGCUGGAGACCGAUGUCUCUAAUGGAUGGGAUCCCAAUGACAUGUUUCGUUACAAUGAAGAAAAUUAUGGUGUAGUGUCAACUUAUGACAGCAGUUUAUCUUCUUAUACGGUGCCAUUAGAAAGAGAUAAUUCAGAAGAGUUUUUAAAGCGGGAAGCCAGAGCAACUCAAUUAGCAGAGGAAAUUGAAUCAAGUGCCCAAUACAAAGCUCGGGUUGCCUUGGAAAAUGAUGAAAGGACAGAAGAAGAAAAAUAUACUGCUGUUCAGAGAAAUGCUAAUGAGAGAGAAGGACAUGGUGUGAACACUAGAGAAAAUAAAUACAUUCCACCUGGACAGAGGAACAGAGAUGUGCUGUCCUGGGGAAGUGGAAGACAAAACUCACCGAGGAUGGGCCAGUCUGGAUCAGGCCCACCAAUCUCAAGGUCUGGAUCCCACACUUCAGAAUUCAGCCCUAACUCUGGAGCAGAUCAGAGAGUAGUUAACGGAGGUGUUGCCUGGCCAUCGCCUUGCCCAUCUCCUUCCUCUCGCCCACCUUCUCGCUACCAGUCAGGUCCCAACUCUCUUCCACCUCGGGCAGCCACCCCUACACGGCCGCCCUCCAGGCCCCCCUCGCGGCCCUCCAGGCCCCCGUCUCACCCCUCUGCUCAUGGUUCUCCAGCUCCUGUCUCUACUAUGCCUAAACGCAUGUCUUCAGAAGGGCCUCCACGGAUGUCUCCAAAGGCUCAACGGCACCCUCGAGGUCACAGAGUCUCUACUGGUAGGGGUACAAUUUCAAGUGGCUUAGAAUUUGUAUCUCAUAAUGCACCUGGGGAAGCAUCUACUGCUGCAGUGGCACGAGGCAGCCCUUCAGGUGGGACGUGGUCAUCAGUUGUCAGUGGGGUUCCGAGAUUAUCCCCUAAAACACACAGGCCUAGGUCUCCAAGGCAGAGCAGCACUCCCAUGGGACCAGCUCUGCCUUCUCCUCAGCCUGGUACUAUUCCCACUGAAUCUGUUGCCAUGCCUGUUCCAGCUGCCUCUCCUACACCUGCCAGCCCUGCAUCCAACAGAGCAGUCACCCCCUCCAAUGAAGCUAAAGAUACAAGGCUUCAGGACCAGAGGCAAAAUUCUGCAACUGGAAACAAGGAGAAUAUAAAGCCAAGUGAGACUUCUCCUAGUUUUUCUAAACCUGAAAACAAAGGUGUCUCUCCAAUUGUUUCAGAGCAUAGAAAACAAAUUGAUGAUUUAAAGAAAUUUAAGAAUGACUUUAGGUUACAGUCCAGUUCCUCUUCAGAUGCAGUGGAUCAGCUGCUAAACAAAACCCGAGAAGGUGAAAAAUCAAGAGAUGUAGUUAAAGAAAAGACAGAAUCCACCCCUAAAGAAUCUAUCAUAGAAGCUGGCAGUAACACCAACUCCAGUGGUGGCAGUAGCAAACCCAACAGUCCCAGUAUUUCUCCUUCCAUGAGUAACAGCUCCGAGCAAAAGCGAGGGCCUGAGGUGACCUCCCAAGGUGUGCAGACAUCUGGGCCUGGAAGUAAACAAGACAAAGAGGAUAAAGAGGAGAAGAAGGAUACUUCUGAGCAAGUUAGAAAAUCAACACUUAAUCCCAAUGCUAAAGAGUUCAACCCUCGAUCUUUUGCUCAACCGAAACCUUCUACUACACCAACCUCCCCUCGUCCUCAAGCUCAGCCCAGCCCCUCCAUGGUGGGGCAUCAGCAGCCAACCCCUGUGUACACUCAGCCUGUUUGUUUUGCACCAAAUAUGAUGUACCCGGUUCCAGUGAGUCCAGGCGUGCAGCCUUUGUAUCCUAUUCCCAUGACGCCCAUGCCAGUGAACCAAGCCAAGACAUAUAGAGCAGGUAAAGUACCAAAUAUGCCCCAGCAGCGGCAAGACCAACACCACCAGAGCACCAUGAUGCAUCCUGCCUCAGCAGCAGGCCCUCCAAUUGUAGCUACUCCACCUGCUUACUCUACACAAUAUGUUGCAUAUAGCCCCCAACAGUUUCCUAAUCAGCCUCUUGUGCAGCAUGUGCCACACUACCAAUCUCAGCAUCCUCAUGUUUAUAGCCCUGUAAUACAGGGCAACGCUAGGAUGAUGGCCCCACCAGCACACGCACAGCCGGGUUUAGUAUCUUCCUCUGCAACACAGUACGGUGCGCAUGAACAGACACAUGCUAUGUAUGUUUCCACUGGCUCACUUGCUCAGCAGUAUGCCCACCCUAAUGCUACCCUGCACCCGCAUCCUCCUCAUCCUCAGCCUUCUGCCACCCCAACUGGCCAGCAGCAAAGCCAACAUGCUGGAAGCCACCCUGCUCCAAGCCCCGUGCAGCACCACCAGCACCAGGCUGCCCAGGCCCUGCACCUGGCCAACCCCCAGCAGCAGUCGGCGAUUUACCACGCAGGUCUAGCUCCAACCCCUCCUUCCAUGACGCCAGGCUCCAACACGCAGUCUCCACAAAACAAUUUUCCUACAGCACAACAAACAGUCUUCACCAUUCAUCCCUCCCAUGUUCAACCUGCAUAUACCAAUCCGCCACACAUGGCCCAUGUCCCCCAGGCUCAUGUACAGUCAGGAAUGGUUCCUUCUCACCCAACUGCCCAUGCUCCAAUGAUGCUAAUGACGACACAGCCUCCCGGUGGUCCCCAAGCCGCCCUCGCUCAAAGUGCACUACAGCCCAUUCCAGUCUCGACAACAACACAUUUCCCCUAUAUGACCCACCCUUCAGUACAAGCCCACCACCAACAGCAGUUGUAAGGCUCAUCUGGAAUAACUGAAAGGCUGGAUACCUUUUGUAGGCCAAAUACCCUCCUUCUACUGCUUCUGCCAACUGGAAGCACAGAAAACUAGAAUUUCAUUUUAUUUUGUUUAAAAAAAAAAAAAAAUUUGAUUUCUUGUAACAUCCACUAGGAAUGCUAACAGUUCAUCUUGCAGUGGGAGAGAUUCGGACUGAGUAGAGGCAUUUAGGAACUUGUGGGCUAUUCCAUAAUUCCAUGCACUGUAUCUGAGUCCUGCAAGUGCCCCAACUCUGCUUGCUGAAAACUGGAAGUUAUUUAUUUUUUAAUGACCCUUCAAAGUUAUGAACUCGUCAGCUAGCAAAAGAAGUAACAAGAGUGAUUCUUGCUGCUAUUAUCACUAAAAAUCAAGACUUGGAGAUCCCUUUUACUUCUAACUAAACUUGAAACAGGUUCAGUAAAAAAACAAAAAAAAUUCUAAUCGUCAAACGGAUGAGUUAUUAUUUAUAAAUCACGUUUGAUGAGAUAAUCACUAUCGUGAGACAGUGAUGUAACUUUUAAGUUAAGAAAACUUUUACUUUGUAGAUAAUAUAAAAUAAAAACUUAAAAAAAAAAUUAAAAAAUAAAAAAAGUUUUAAAAACUGACCCUCCUCGGUGUUUGUGUGGUGAUUUUUGGGUCUCUUCUCAUACCAAUCCCAGCUGGAGCCAGGGUUUGCCCGAGUCUGUUGUCUGCUGCUGCUGCUGCUGCAGGAAUAAGGGAAAGGUUUGGGAAUCCCAAAUUUAGCCCAGUUUUCUAACAAGGUUUUGUGUCCAGGUGGGUUUGUGUUCCUGAUCCCUCAGCCUUGAGUUGCUCUGGAUGGGGUUGAGAAAGGUCCCAAAUGGGCCUUUAAGGUGAUGGAAGUGUAAAAGUCAGUGGUGCUGCUGGAGAAGGAAAGGAAAGGUAAGAAUUCCCCGGCAAAAAGCCUUAAAAAGAUGGGGAGACCAAGUUAUCCCUGCUCCAAGUGCUGUGUCCUGACUGUCCUGGGUGGUGCAGGCACUGUCCCAUGGGGACAAAACAGGAUUUUCAUGUCCAAGGGAGCAUUCCUGCCUUUUAGCAUCCAGUAUCCACUAAAAUAAUGUCCAGGCACCUGGAGAGAAUCAGACUGAAGACUACAAGUGAGAAACAAGUUCUAAAAACAGUUUAUUAAGAGCAGAUUUUUUUUAAUAUUAUGGUAAAAUCGCAUUAUUCAAGAAUAAGUUACUUGUACAGUACAUACAGAAACAAUAUAUAGAAAAAAAUUACUAUACAAGAAGAACUUUUCUGUGCAGGUGAAAAGUAAAACUUUCAAAUUAAUACACUCCCAACAAAAUUGUUGGCUUUAAUCGUCCUGCUGAAGGCUGAGUUAGGGAAUACAGAGUCACCUCCCUGCCUCUGGGAGCUGCUGGGGAAUGUUGGGGCUGUUUGGAUCAAAGCUAAAAGUUUGGAAUGCUGGAUGACACCAGGGUUUGAUGGUCCAGAUGAGGAAUGAGAAGCUUUGGCUUCUCCCUGGAUCUUUUCCUAGAAGUUUCACCCCAAAAUAGCUUCAAUCCAAAGGGAUGGGUGAGGAAUGGUGGUGUCAGUGUUUGGUACCUGCUGGGCUGGGAUCUGGGAGAGAGACAUCCACUGAUGCUUCAUGUCAGGAGCUCCUUCAGAACCUGACACCCUUGGGGACACAAAAGGCCACCAAGCAGGAGUGGCUGUCAGCAAACAGCAAGAGGAAGAGGAGGGGGAAGAAUUCUGACAGGACCUGAGUUUUGGAUUGUGCCCCAAACCAAAGUCCCUGCUGUCACAGAGCAAAGGCACUGCCUGGUUUUCAUUUUUAUUGCUAAAAACUGUCCUGUGUAGCUGGAUGAAAUGGGGCUGCCCACCCCCAGCCUCUCCUGGGGGGGGGGCUUUGGGCAGGGCCAGCUCCAAGAGCUUCUCCUGUCACUCCUGGCUUCCUUAGGUGGGAUCCAAACUCGCGUUCCACGUGCCCAUCUCCACGGCCAAGACACAAACUGCCCUUGGCUUCCCCUCCUCCCAAAAUUCCCUCAAAUGCCAGUAAAAGCCCACAAGGGCUGGGGAACCAAACGUGCCCAGCCCUGGCCUCUUCUCUCAAGUCACAAGAAUAUAAAAAUCCUGCAAAAUGCUUCUAUUCCAUAGGGUGGAAUGGCUUAAUGCUCUUUGCCCACUGCUGUAAUGCAGAGGA